CCUCUUGUCAAAGUCCGUCUGUCGACAAAAAAAAACCGUGACGUGAAAUUUAACAAAUGCUGCACUUUUUCUUUUUUUCAUAUUUUUCUUUUAAUCAUGUCGUCGUCUGAACAAGACUCCCCAAAAUUCACUGAUGCAUUAAAGACAGUCAAGCUGGAAGACUUCAAGGACGUCAACAAGAUCCCUUGCGCUAGAAACGCUUUAUUAUACGGCAUUGGCGCUGGCGUUGCUAUGGGUAUGGUUCGUUUCGCCACUCGACGCUCCAUUCCUACUGCAGCCAAUUGGGCAGUAGGCUCGUUUUGCGGUGUAUCUGUUGUUUCUUUUGAAGCAUGCCAGUGGCAACGAAAGCAAAAGCUCGAAAAAAUGCGAUUGAUUGUAAAGGCAACUGAUUCUAGACAACAAAGACUUGAUGAAAAGAUGGUUGUGACUGAAAGAGGAAAAAACGGUGCUUUCAAUGUAGUGAUUGAAACUCCUGCUGAUGCUUUAGAGAAGCAAGAUGACCAACAGUAAAACUAGUGACAUUCAAAAAAAAAUCUUGUACAUAAACAAAACAUCA